AUGCCGGCCCCAUACAGUCAAGAUUUACGAUGGAGAGUGAUUUGGUUGGCAGAAAUUGUGGGUUUAGAUUUACAGGAAGUAAGUUUCUUUUUUCAGUUAUCGGAGAUGACGAUAAGGCGUUACGUAAAAAAGUUCAGAGAAUUAGGAAAUGUCAGCACUGCUAUCAUUGGUCGACCAUAUAAUUGUAUCGCAAUACAUCCACACGAAGAGCUUGUCAUAUUUGAAAUCUUGCAGCAAUAUCCCGAAAAAACGCUGGGAGAGGUGCUGGACAAACUUUAUGAAGAGACAGGGUCACAAUAUGCAUGAUCGACCCUGUAUUAUAUACUAUUUGAAAAGAAACAACAUAACUCAUAAGAAGGUUAGUAAAUUUAAUACAGCAAACAAUGCAUAAAUGAUAAAUUAGUCAUAAACUUGAAAUACUAAUUGCAUUGUAAUACAAUCUCCGUCUUAAAUAUAGCUCGUCAAAAUUGCACAACAGAGGUCUGAAGAUGCAAGGGCAGAGUUUCGGGCUUCAACAUGUUUGAUAUUGCCAGAUAUGUUUGUUUUCCUGGACGAAAGUGGCUUUGUAUGUUAAUUGCUCACUAUGUUAUAGCUAUACGUAUGUUGUGCCGUGCAUGCACAGAAUCUAAACAAUAGUGAGGAUUAAUAAAUACAACCUUAAUUGUUCACGUAAUUGUGCAGCACACGUUCACUAAUUGUGUUCAGUAUUUAGCAUGCAGUUAAUAAUUAUAUCAUAUAUAUCAUCUGAAACGAGUUACGCUUAUGUUCGUGUUGGGUAUGAAACUUAUUUUAUCUCACCAAUACUCACCUACUUUUACCAUUAAUUUUUUGAAUGUAUAAUUCUCCUUUAAUUGCAGGAUAAAAGAAUCACGAGAACAUGUGGGUACAAUCUGAAAGGGCGGCCAGCUAAAAUAUAUCGACGAUAUUCAAACUGGGGCCCGCGCAUUACCGCAAUUCCCAUUAUCUCUAUGGAAGGCAUUCUUGAUGUUGGCUUUUACCGUGGACACGUUAAUGGAGAAACAUUUCUUACCUUUGUUAACAAUGUACUUGUUCCAUGCUUACUGCCAUAUAAUGGUUUUAAUCCACGUUCGAUUGUCAUACUUGGUAAAGUGCUUGUCUCUUAUACUUAUAGUGUUUUAUUAUUGUAGAAUUUUGCGACAAGGUCGAUAAUUAUUAUUUCACGAUCGAGUUGGUUUUCUUUGAUGUACCGCGGUAUAUAUACAGUAUAGCUAUGGAAUAAAGUAUUCAAAUUUUAUAAAACUUCGUGAGAAAACCUUCUCGAUCGUAAAAUAAGUCAGUUAUAUACCUCGAAAGUCGGGUUUUAGGCCUAUGGCAUAUAAUGCCCUCGGGCGCUGCGAGCCCUCGGGUAUGUAUAUGCCAUAAAACCCGACGUUCGAGGUACUCUAUAUAACUCUUACUCGAACUGUUUUAUCCUUUCUAGACAACGCUGCAAUACAUCACACUCAAGAAGCAAUUAAUGCUAUUAAUGCCACUGGGGCAAUGUUAAUAUUCUUGCCAGCAUAUUCGCCUGAUUUUAUGCCUUGCGAAGAACUCUUUGCCCAGGUUAAAUACGAUAUCGCUUGGCAAGAUUGCCCCGAUCCUGAAUUAAUGUUGUGGGAAUCAUUUCUGCAGAGCACAGAUGAGCAAAUUAAAAACUAUAUAUAUCACGCUGGCUAUAUGCAAACAAUGUAUGUAGAUAACUUUAAUUGUAAUACAACUUUAACAG